AUGGAUUCCUCAAAGCAGAGCAAGAUCAACAGUCUUGUAGAAGAUCAAGAGACCUACAAGUUUCUCCUGGAGGACCUGCUUGAGCAAAAUCCAUCUGAUACCGCCGGUAUCGCUGAACUUCAGGCCACCAUCAAAAAGCAUGAAGAUGAGAUUGCGGAGCUGCUCGGUAGCCCCCCGGGUGGCUCUUCAGAGGCCUCUUCGAGGAACACCCCGAAUGGUGUCGUACCUCGGUCACCCCCUCCAGCCUAUCCCACAACACAAUCUCAUUCUACUUCGUCUCCCGCGGAUCCGGUAUCUGCGCCCUACCAUCCUUCAACGGCACCUUCACCCUUCCUUACUCGUCCUACACAAGCUGUACAACCUGUACGGACUUCCAUGCCAUCACGACCUAACGAAUCUCGCAAAAGACAGCGCCAGGAUUCUCUGGGCUCGACAGUCCACCCUCAGUCAGCAAAGAGAACAGCUGUAAACCGCCACAAGUCCCGAUUUGAGGAACUCCAGGCGGACAUGGAGAGCCAGUUGAAGUCUUCCAGAGAGCUGCAUGAAGAAGCAAAAGAUCCGCAAACUGUCCAAACUCGGGCCGUGGUUGAAGGAAUUUCGACCGACGAGGUUCUGGAGAAGAUGGAGCGAGAGCAGAAGGAAGAGGAGGAUGCGAUCCGGUCAGAAUUCCAAAUGGAAAUGGACGAGGAGAUGGCUCGCAUGGUGCAAGCAGAAGAAGCAGCCAGCGACAGCGAUGAUGACCGCAGCUCCAGUCCAUUACCAGUAAUGAGGAUACCCGAUCGCACACUCCCAAUCCCUCACAUACGUCCUUACGGAACUCCUUCGCUCAUCGAUCCACAACCGCCUCGUCAGUAUCCGGUGCCAACGCAUUUCGACUACAAUCCAGCUCCGCCGGGCUCAUAUCCAUACCGGGAUGAUGAUUUGCAGGAAAUCCCCAGGGAAUACUUCAACUCGCGAGUUUUCGGGCCGACUGGCUACAAUCCGUUUGCAUAUCGUCCGCCUGGACCUAGUGCCUCAGCCCUGAACUCACCUGCACUUGGACCGCCACGGUAUACACCAAUGUUCGGCGGCCCGAACCCGCUCAUACGUGGUCGAUCUCUUCCAUGGAUGCACGAUCCUAUUCCCGCGCCUGAGAUGGCUGCAAUCGAUCUGCUUAGUAACAAUCCACUUGGAUUGGAAGACGCAGAUGACCUCGAGCGAUACGAGGAGCAGAAUUUCCCUCACGAUAUCAAAAAUCUGAUCACCGGCAUCAAGGAUAUCCGUGAAGCGACCAAGGCGGAGAAGGAUGAGACGCCCGAAGGUCUCAAAGUCACAUUGAUGAAGCAUCAAAAGAUCGGUGUAGCCUGGAUGAAGGCCAAAGAGGAGAGUGCCCACAAAGGUGGUAUUCUCGCUGACGACAUGGGUCUCGGCAAGACUGUCCAGGCCAUUGCCCUCAUGGUUGCCCGGCCCCCAACUGAUCCUGAACGUCAUCCCUCUUUGAUCGUCGCGCCGAAGGCUCUGAUGGAUCAAUGGAAGCGAGAGAUCCACAGGCACAUUCAGCCUGGGAAACAUCAGCUUUCGGUGUUUGUCUACCAUGGUGCCAAUCGUGUUGAUUGGAGAAAGUUGAAGUCCUAUGAUGUUGUCAUUACGACCUUUGGCACUCUGACAGCCAGCUUCAAGACACUCCUUAAAGCAGAAAAGCUAGAGGAGGAAGGCAAGGACGCCAGCAUCGUCAGAGACACUCGAAACUCGGCGACACUGUUCACGCCCGUGAGCAAGUGGCAUCGCGUCAUCGUCGAUGAGGCGCAAAAUAUCAAGAACCCUUCGGCCAAAUCGGCCAAGGCGUGUUGCAGGCUCAAUGCCACUUAUCGUUGGUGUCUGACUGGAACACCGAUGAUGAAUCGGCUUGAGGACUUCCAGUCUCUGCUGUCUUUCCUUCGCAUUCGACCUUACAACAACAAGGAGAAGUUCAAGCGAGACUUCCGGGUGGUGAAGACUGGUUUCGUGCCUGAGCCAGUGAUGCAGCAGUUGCGAAUCCUUGUCAAAGCCGUCUGCUUCCGGCGUACCAAGACAUCGAAGAUUGACGGCCAACCAAUUCUACAACUUCCUCCGAAGGUCAUUGAAAAGGUUCAUGUUGUCUUCGAUGAGAAGGAACGGGAAGUCUAUGAUGCGCUCAGCUCGAGGACGCAAGCCCAAAUCGAAAGGCUACUGAAUGCUGGCAUCUUGGGCAAGAGUUACAGUCAUGUCUUGGUGCUUCUGCUCCGGCUGCGGCAAGCUUGCUGUCACCCACAUCUCAUGCAGGGUAUCUCGACUAAAACAGCUGAUGUCGAUGGUAGGGACAUGGUGGCCAAUGCGAAGCUAUUGGCUCCUGCGGUCGUUGACCGGAUCAAAAACAACGAAGGCGGUGAGGACGAAGGGACUUGUCCCAUUUGCAUGGACAUUGUUGAGAACGCCGUCAUCUACAUCCCUUGUGGUCAUUCCGUUUGCAAUGAAUGCUUUGCACGAAUUUCUGAUCCUCAAAUUCUGGCCCGUGAUGACGAUACUGGCAUGAUCAAAUGCCAGAAUUGCCGUGGCCCAGUCGAUCCGCUCAAAAUCACCGACGGGGAAUCAUUCAAAAAGGUCUAUGAUCCAGCCGCUGUGGCUGAGUCUUCGGCAGCUGCAGAGCAAGAUGAUGAUCAGUCGGAUGGAUCUGAAUCUGAUGAUUGGGACUCAGGCACAGAGACCGAGGGGUCGUCUGAUAGACCCAAGAAGAAGUCUCUUGCGGAGCUGCGCAAGGAAGGUCAGAGGAAUAAGCGUGCGAAGCGCAGAUACCUCCGCCGUCUUGAGAAGUCUUGGAUUCCCAGUGCCAAGAUUACCAAGGCUGUUGAGAUUCUGGGGGAGAAUGAAGAACGUGGAAAGGGCGAGAAGACCAUUAUCUUCAGCCAGUUUACCUCCCUUCUGGAUCUUCUGGAGGUCCCCAUCAACCGUAAAGGUUGGAACUACGUCCGCUUUGACGGAAGUAUGAACAUCACGGAGCGCAAUGAAUCCGUGGCUCGGUUCACCGAUGAUCCCGAGGUCAAGAUCAUGCUCGUCUCCCUCAAGGCUGGAAACGCCGGUCUUAACCUUAUCGCUGCUUCCCACGUCGUCUUGUUUGACCCAUUCUGGAAUCCCUACGUUGAGGAUCAGGCCAUCGACCGUGCUCACCGCAUUGGUCAGACCAAGGAUGUCUAUGUCCACCGCUUGCUGAUUGAGAAUACUGUUGAAGACCGGAUUAUCCAUCUCCAGGAGCAGAAGCGAGAGCUUAUCAGCGGCGCCCUCGAUGAAGGUGGCUCGAUGAACGUAUCACGACUGGAUGUCCGGGAGUUGGCUUAUCUUUUCGGCGUUCGUACCUAA